UAGAAAACAUCUAGAGUUUGCAGCAGAUAGCCGAAAUAUUCGUCUAGCAUUUGCAACUGAUGGCUUUAAUCCAUUUAGGAGCAUGAAUGUUAGCUAUAGUGUUUGGCCUGGCAUUUGUAUUCCAUAUAAUUUCCCCCCUUCAAUGUGCAUGAAGCAAUCAAAUUUCAUCCUUUCUUUGCUGAUUCCUGGCCGAAAUAGUCCUGGUAGUGACAUGGAUGUCUAUUACCAGCCACUUGUAGAUGAUUUAUUAGAUAUGUUUGUUAAUGGAGUUAGAACCUAUGAUGCUUCAAAGGGUGAGUUUUUUCAGCUGCGAGCUGCAGUAAUAUGGACUAUUACAGAUUUCCCUGGCUUAGGAUAUGCAUCUGGAUCUGUUACAUCAGGUGAAGCAGCAUGUCCUGAUUGCCAUUACUACACGAGUUCACUUAGACUUGGAAAUGGUAGCAAGACUUGCUAUAUGGACCAUCGCAGAUUUUUGGAUGAAAACCACCCAUUUAGAUUUGAUGUUAACAAAUUUGGUUGUACUGAGUUUAGGGCAGCACCUACUCCACUAUCGGGAGAGGAAAUAUUGGAGUGUACUAAACAUCUUAAUCCAAUUUUUGGCAAGGACCCAUCUGGGAAGAAACCAACAAGCAAGAGACGCAAGAAAGGGGAACCAUUAGUCAUUUUCAAAAGGAGAUCUAUUUGGUUCAUGCUACCAUAUUGGAAAGAUUUAAUGUUGCGACAUAAUUUUGACUUCAUGCACAUAGGAAAGAAUGUGAGCGAAAGCUUAGUUAAUACAUUCAUGGGCACCGAUGGGAAAUCAAAGGAUAACUUGAAUUCUCGGUUGGACCUUCAAGCUUUAGGUAUUAGAAGUGAUCUUCACCCUAUUAAAGUUGAAGACCAAUUUUAUUUACCACCUGCACCUUACUCAAUGAGUCCUGAUGAGAGGAAAUUAUUUUGUCAAGUACUUAAAGGUGUGAAGUUUCCUGAGGGUUAUGCAUCUGAUAUACGUCAUAAUGUACAUGUUAAUGAGAGAAAGAUAAUUGGGCUUAAGAGUCAUGAGAGCCAUAUUAUUCUACAACACUUGUUGCCGCUUGCAUUGAGGAAAAUAUUACCGGAAAUAGUUAGUGCUGGAGUGAUUCGUAUAAGUAAUUUUUUCAAGAAACUUUCAUCACCUGUCAUUCGAAUAAGCGAUAUGGAAAAGCUUGAGGCUAAUAUAGCUGAAACCCUGAGCUUUCUUGAGACCGUUUUCGUGCCUUCAUUUUUUGAUAUCAUGAUACACUUGAUGGUACAUCUUCCUACCCAAGCAAGGAUAGCUGGUCCCGUCCAUUUUCGUAGCAUGUGGCCCAUAGAGAGGUAUCUAAUGAGAUUGAAGGGUUCUGUUCAUACAAAGAGUCACUAUGAGGGAUCAAUUAUGGAAUGGUCUAUGUUUACUGAGUGUCUUACAUUUUGUGCUCGCUAUUUACAUGGUGAGACUCAAUUGAACCAUCAAGUUAGAUAUGAGUAUGACGAAGAUUGUACUACAACUCCUUUCUUCCAUACCAUUGGCCAAGGAUUGGCUGGGAAGUGUUUAGUUAAUUUAGACCAUAAAACAUGGCUACAAGCUCAUAGAUAUGUUUUGUUCAACUACGACAAUAUAACCCCUUACUUGGACAAGCAUGCUCACUAUUUGUCCUCAAUUGGUCAUCGAAAUAAAAGAGAUAUCAACCGCUUACAGCAUGAAUCCUUUCAUGAGUGGUUUAGGUUGCAUGUAAGUGUAAGGAUAAUUCUUACCAAAUGUCUUUUGAGAUUAUUUUGCACACACAUUAAUAGUGGCAUUUCAAUCCCACAAGUAGAGGAAAUGCAUGGGGAAGCACAAGAUGAGAUUAAAAUUUUAGCUAAAUCACCAAUGACAGUUGCAAAUAAGUAUAGUAGCUAUAACAUGAACGGGUUCAAAUUUCACACAGCAUCAUAUGAUGAGGGUAGACCUAUUCAAAAUAGUGGGGUUGUUGUGGUUGCGGAGUCAACAAUCUUUGACAAGGGCAGCAAUGAUAACAUUAUAAUAGGAAAGAAAACUUAUUUUGGUAUUAUCAAGGAAAUUAUUGAACUAAACUAUCACCAUAAAGGAAAUGUGGUCCUCUUCAAAUGUGAUUGGGUUGACAACCGUGUGCAAGACAAAUGGGUCAAAAUUGAUCGGUUAGGCAUCACAACUGUGAACUUUAAGCAUUUAUUCAAUACAGAUGACAAAUUAUCUGACGAGCCUUUCAUUUUAGCAUCACAAGCAGUUCAAGUGUACUAUGUUCCAGAUCCAAUUGAUACUGAGUGGGCUGCUGUUGUUCACUCUAAACCAAGAGAUGUGUUUGAAUUGGAUAAUUUGGAUAAUGAGCAUACCGAUUUUGAUAAUGGUGUAUUUGUGCCAUUAUUUGAUCUGAAUGCAAAUGUAACUGUUGAUAUUGUUAAUGGUGUUGUCCCCACUACUAGAAGAGAUAUAGAUGGUUACUUUGUUGAUCCAAAAAAAUCUAAAAAAAAUCUACAAAGUAAGUAUUAUCUAUGCACAUGGGUAGCUGCAUUAUUUUGCUAGUAGUUCAUUGACACUGUUUUGUUGUACUCUUUCUUCUUUGUUUUAGGAAAUAUGGCAAGCGAAAGAAGAAGGGAUAAGGAUGCCUCCCUUAACGAGUAUGAGGAACAACGACUCGCAACCAUCGCAGAAAAAAAAGGCGAUUGGAAGCUCUUAAUAUCCCUACUUUGAGCAAUAUGAAUCAACAUGGUAGAACUACAAAAAGAACUAAGAGGAUUCAUAACACUAGUGAUGUAGCAACUGAAGGUCACAAUCUGCGUGCAAGGCCACAAAAGAAUUGUGUUGAAAAUGGAAAUGAACAAAUUAAUGAAGACCUUGGUUGUGAAUCAAUGGGAGAUUUCUUAUGUGAUAAUGAAGAUUCACGCAACAACGCAGAAAAGAAGAGGAAAGGAAGGUUUGGCCCGUAAAAAGGCUGAAUGUGAGAAAGUAGCUCUUCAACAACGCAUAACUGAAUUGGAGCAGCAAAUGCAAGAGGAAAGGAUGGCAAGGGAAUUGCAAGAUGUGGAACUCAUUUCACAUAAUGGUUCAAAUUCACGACAGAAUGGGAGCCGAAGGUAUGAAGAGCAUGAUGUGGAAGCGCAUCAUGACGCUCAAUUUGUAGAAGAUGAAGAUUGUGCAGAAAAUCACAUCAAUCAUCACUGUGAUGAUGGUUGGAAAGGAUGUAAUAUUAUAUGCCAUUAUUGGACCUGAGCAACCUGUGGCUGAGGGAACAAUUAUUUCAACUAAUCCUAACACUUUGCUGGGAGGUGUGCCUCUUGGAAAAGAAUAUUGUGAAGUUAUUGUGAACAUUGUAUUGAAAAGGGAUGCAAUUUUGCCUUGCCCUUAUGGUUAUGUAGAGACGAUGGCUGAUGCUCAUCAAAUGUCAGUUGCUUGGCUUUAUAAGAGGAUGAAGAUUAGCAAGGCAUCAGGAUCACCCCAAGGUAUUAGAGGUGGAUGGCACUAGAGGCAAGCUGCAGUUGGACAAACAAGAGACUGACAUAGCAUUUUGUAGACAAUGAGUCCGGAUUUGUAGCUAAACAUGUCAUGGCAUGCCAUGCUAUAUGUAGGAUUUUUUGUUUGAGACUCAGAGAUGAAUCAUUUUGUAGAUUGAGUCCUGAUUUUGGUUAGCUAAACAUGUAACAGCUGCUAUCAUGAAUCCUAUUUUGUUGUAGCUAAACUUAUAAUGGCUGCUAUCAUGAAUUCUAUUUUUUUGUUGUAGCUAAACAUGUAUUGGCUGCUAUAAUAUAACGGUUGUUAUGUUGAUAUAUUCAAAGAAAACUAUGUUAAUCUGCCAA